AUGCACCAUCUCUUGAGGGGUAAUUGGUUGUCAAAAGCCAAGGAAGCCAACUCUCCUCCUGUCAACAGCAAAGGAUCUGCCUCUAAGUCUUCCCACUACACAAGUAUGGUCCUCCAACUAGCUGAUCAUCUUGACAAGCAAGAUGAGUGCUUCCCACACAUUCAUGGCAACAAUACCGUAAGUAGUUCUUCCUUAAAAAAAAUUUAUGGAGAACUCUGUUCCUUUGUUUCCUUUGAUUCUCGCGAAGGACCGGUACCUGGAGAAGAAAUAGGCAAUUUUUUUCUUAAAUGCAUUGCAGUGGGAUGCUUCAAGAAGUUACAAGUAGUUGAUCUUGAAGGUGUAUUUCGGCCUAAAUUACCUGACUCCAUAGAGAAACUAACUCCGUUGAGGUAUUUGGGCUUGAGAUGGACUUAUUUACAGACACUUCCUUCAUCAAUAGGAAAACUGUUGAACCUUCGAACACUGGAUUUAAAGCGCACUUACAUCAGCACCCUCCCUGUUUCCUUAUGGAAGAUGAAACAACUGCAACUCCUAUACUUGAGCGAAAUUUUUUGUUGCAAAUUUGUGCCUCCACGAAAUAAUAACACACUAAUAGACAUCCAAACACUAUGGGGAGCAUAUGUGAAUGAGGAGACCCCUAUCAAAGAUGGCUUGGACCGAUUGAUCAAUCUUAGAAAGCUAGGCCUGGCAUUUCAAUUAAUUCUUUUAGAGCAGAAGUCAUUGGCAAACUGGAUUACAAAACUGAACUACCUUGAAUCUUUAAGGUUGAGAUCGCUUGAUCAUGAAGCGGCUCAAGCUUCAAACAUAUACUUACUGCCAUUGUCAGGCCUCAAGAAGCUUUCAAGCAUAUAUUUGUUUGGAAGGAUAGUGAAUCCAGUAAUCAUGGACAACUUCCCUAAAAGUCUCACUGAGAUUACCUUGUCAGUGUCCGGACUAAUAGAAGAUCCUAUGCCUAAAUUGGAGAAACUUCCAAUUUUAAGGAUACUUGGGUUAUAUGCAGGCUCCUAUUGUGGGAGAAAAAUGGUUUGCUCUUCUGGAGGCAUUCCUCUACUUCGCAUCUUGAAACUUUGGGAGCUAGAGGAAUUGGACGAGUGGACAGUGGUGGAAGGAACUCUGACAAUUCUAAGACAAGUAGAGAUUAGAUCCUGCAAUAAAUUGGAAAUGAUUCCAGAUGGGUUGAAAUUCUUGCUUCAUUGUCGUGAAUUGAUGAUCACAAAUAUGCCUGAUGAAUUCAAAGCAAGGAUUUCUGAAAGUCAGGGGCAAGAUUGGCAUAAGAUUGCACAUGUACCUUCCAUCAUCAUAAAAGAUUGA